AUGAGAUUCAAUAGACGUGUUUCGUUGUCGGAUUUAAAACGGAAAAUCAGUACAAAGAGAGCAAGCCGUUGUGGAAAGCAAAUGUUGAGACUGUUUUACAAAUUUCCGGUUUCAACUGAUCCACUAAAGUUCUCAGAAAUGGAGCUUGAAGAUGAUGACGAUCUAGGGACAAUGAUAGCAAUUUAUUGCCCUCCUAAGAUAGAAAAUCCCAACCCGAUUGAGUUGUUCGCGAAGAUAACUGAAUCAGAUCCGAUUCAAGUUGUAAUUCCAGCAAGCCAGCGUUCUAGAAUUGAUUUUGAUCUUAACGCCUCCUGGGAAGAUCAGUUGGGUUUUGGAUGGUCAAUGCCAACUCCCGAAAAUCCAAAUACCGGCAGAUGUUCGUAUAACAUCCCAAACCCGUGUCCUCGUCUAGAGAUCCAUCCAGAGGUGUUGGCCACCAUAGAAUAUGGUGAUGAAGGGUCUGAUAAUGAUGAUCAGUCCCACCGUGAUCCAAACGAUGAUUUCAGUGACCUUGAUUUGGAUGACAUCCCUGAAGACAUAGACGAGGAAGGGCUGGUGGAGGGUGAAAAUGUAAACCCCCAUUCGGUCGGGAACACGGGGCCUGGUAUAGUUAUAAGAAAAAAUCCGGGGUCUUUCAUGACCGACGUGGAUCCUGAUGUGGCGCUAGCAAACGAGUUUCCAGAAUAUACAAAUAUUGUACUGGCUCACCUACUUGACGAAGAAUUCGGUGAUGAAGAGUUGUUUGUAGGGCAACAAUUCGAUAACAAAAAAGACUGUUUACAUGCUAUAAAACAACUUAGCUUGAAGUUAGGUGUGGAUUAUAAAGUAACGAAGUUGACGCAGCCUUUGUACGUAGGAGAAUGUUGGAAAGCGUCAAGUAGUUGUAAAUGGCAUGUCCAAACCGCGUUAAUGCAGCGGACGCAGAUGUGGAUGAUAAGGAAACUAGAAGGUCCACACACAUGUACGUCUGCUCGUAUGUCGCAAGGCCAUGGAAAGUUAGAUGCAAAAACUAUAUGCAACUGCAUCAUUCUUUUGGUGAAACAGUCGCCCACCAUUCAGGUGUCGAUCCUUAUUAUGGACAUGCAAGCUCGAUUCAAGUAUAAAGUGUCGUACCGAAAGGUAUGGUGGGCAAAGCAAAUGGCGAUACGAGAGUUGUAUGGUGACUGGGAUGCAUCAUACAACGAGCUUCAAGGGUGGAUAGCCGGGAUGUAG